UUUGCAAUAUUCUUUAUAAUAAGAUACAUAUAAAUACAUACAUAGAUUAUUUAACUUUAAUUAUAUCUUAACCUGAAUAGGAAUUAAUAGUAUAAACAAACAUAAAUUAGUAGAAAUCAAAUUGUAUUUAAAAUGUUUGGUAAGUAACUCAAUUUAAAAUUAAAACCUAACGAUACGUAGAAAUAAAUAUUUUAGUAGCAUUUAAGCGGUAAUAACUAAAUGCCUGUAUAAAACAAUAUAUAAUGUAAAAACGAAGAUAGCUCUUUUCAGGCGCGUGUUUUAGGUAUAUCAAUAAAUACUAACAAUUUUCAAUAAAGAGAUCAUUAGGUCAAUUAGGUCGCUAUUAAUUAAGUAAAUUAAGGUUAUGUAGGCUAGUUUUAGAUGAUUAAGUCUAACUAUCUGGAUGAAAAUGGUGAUGUUUAUAUUAACCAAAAUGCUUAAGUUUAAAAUUCUUUUCUUUAUAGUAUCUGUAAUAUGAUAGAUUCAUAGAAAAGUUAUUAAAGUAAUAUUUAGUAAGAAUUUCUAAAAAGCAGCUUGACGAAUGGUCUCAAAAUAAAUAAAUUCCUUAAUUAAGGAGGGGAAAUGAAUAAAAGUAUUGUACUCUAUGAUGAACUCUAGGAUUAAGCGUAGGUUUCUGUGUAAAAUUAACUCUAAUAGUUUAAUAAUAUUAAGAAUAAUUAGCUGGAAAAUAUGUCAUUUAUUAGGAAUAAUGCGCAAUUAAUAAAUCAAUCUCAGCUUGCUAGGUCUAAAUUUUAUGUAGACAAAAACAAUUUUUAGAGAUAUUUAGACUAUUCAAAGUGCAUUUAGAAUUCAUAAUUAUAGGGUUAAAUAAUAGAUUUGAAUAGCUUUUGUUUAAUUGAUUAAUAAAUAAAGCCAAAUUUUGAUGCUCAAAGCGAUGAUGCUUAAUCUGACGGAUAAUUUAUAAAUGAAAAUUACCCUAAAAGUGCUCAAGAAUUAGAUGAAAAUACUAACUAUGUAAUAAAUAACUCAAACACUUAUUAACCAAAAUAAAUUACAAAUAAUUAAAAAUUCGAAUAGAAAUAAUAAAUGCAAAAAGAUGUUAUCAAACAGCAAACUCACAAUUAAUCUUAGAACAAUGAAAUAAGUUGUGAUUUUGAUGGAGGCAUUAGUGAUGUUAAAAACCUUAGUUCUAACUUAAAUAGCAAUUAAUAAGAUUCUCUAAGUAAUAGUUAUACUAGAAAAGUUAACUUAGUCAAUAAAACAAUAAAACAAAAAAGACAAAAGAAAGAUUCAGAGAAUAAGUAUAGAUAAAGUAAACAUAAAAAUGUAUUUAAAAAUUUUGGUUGCACGUUGAUCAGGUUCAUAAUGUAUAAUCCUCAUUUUCAAGAUAGAUUAAGCAAUGAAAUGCUAAAAGAAGACUCAUAAGGUAAAAAAGAUUUUUAAGACUGGCUAUAAUUUGAUGCUAAACUGGACAACAAAACUACCUUCAUAAAAGCGUUUACUACUUUCAAGUAAGAAACAGAUAAAAUAAAAAAAUUCAAAUAAAUAUUAAGAGAACUUGCCCAAGACUUUUAUGAAAAUUUUAGUUUAAUUUAUUUAAUGAAUUCAAACAAAAUAUCUAAUUUCGAAAUUCACCUCAGAUCUAUUUAUACAUUUUUAGCAUCUUUAAAUGAACCUUAAAAUCUUGAAAAGUUUAAGCCUGUUCCUUUUGAAGAUUUAAGAUGA